CUCCCGCUCGCUCGCUCUGUCGGCUCGGUCAGUCUGUGACUUCUACUCGCUGCGGUCGGACGGUGACAACUGAAAGCGGCCCCUCAGUUUGUAGGACUGAGCUCGGAUUUUUUUUUCUUUGCCUCUUUGGAUUUCUAUGGUUUGGCGGCUGUGACAGACUCUCAGCGGUUCUUUUAUAAACAACUUGAGGAUGUUUGCUCUCCAUGGUGCUGAAAGUCUCAGUGCUGAACCCUGCCUGCUCUGACGCCGUGACCAUACACAGACACACAGACACAGUGGCUGAUCGAGGCUGAAGAAGAGAAGAAGGCAGAAUCAACGAUAGGAGGACAGAGGGAGAAGUACAACCUCUCAUUCAGCGGUGGCCAGAGUGACAGAGGAGCACAUGAGGAGCGAAAACGGCUUGACAGCAACUUCCUGACCGAUAACCUUGCUUCUGAACCCCCACCGAACGCCCAGCGUCCUUAGCUGCAGGCGUCAGAAGGAAGGAAACGUGUGACCACUCCUCCUGCAGGCAUGAGGUCCUUCCGAUCCUUCAGCAACGAUGACCGCCACGUUAUGGCCAAGCACUCCACCAUCUAUCCCUCCUCUCAGGAGCUGGAGGCCGUGCAGACGCUGGUGUCCACUGUGGAGUGCGCCCUCAAACAUGUCUCUGAUUGGCUGGAUCAGAGCAGCAGCGACUCCCACAGCCAGGCUGACAGUCAACCAUCAGCAAAAAACACAGAGGAGGAUGAUCCAGGAGAGGAGCCCAGUGAGGAAACUGAGAAUUCAACUGAUAGUUACAGAGAGUCCAGCUGUGGUGGCGUGCUGUGUGGCGUGAUGAGAAUCGGCCUGGUGGCCAAAGGCCUCUUGAUCAAAGGGGACAUGGACCUGGAGCUUGUGCUGAUGUGCAGAGACAAACCCACACAGACACUGCUGGACACUGUCUGUCACAAUUUACCCACUCAGAUAGAGAAGCUGACAGAGGAGAAAUACGAGGUCAUGAGCUCCUUGCCCGAGGCGGCCAUCUUGGUACGAACUACAACAGAGCCCAAACUCACACUCAAAAUUACCCUCACCUCGCCGGCAAUGAGGGACGAUGAGGAAGAAGAGGAGGAGGAGGAGGAGGAGGAGGAGGAGGAAGAAGAGGAGGAGCUGUUGGAGAAUGGGGAAGGAGCAGAGGAAGAGGAGGAAGAGCAGGAAGAGGAGGUGGUGGAGGAAGAGGAGGAGCAGGAGAAGAAGAACGGAGAAGUGUUGGGUGCUGCUGCGCACAGAGUGGAGGCUGAGGAGGAGGAGGAGGAGGGGGAGGUGCUGGAUAGACACAGAUGUCUGUUGGCCCUGGCAGCGCUGCGACACGCCAAGUGGUUCCAGGCUCGAGUGAACGGGCUCAAGUCCUGCGUUAUUGUUCUCAGGAUACUUAGAGACAUGUGCAAUAGACACCCUGUAUGGGAACCUCUCAAGGGAUGGCCUUUAGAGCUUAUCUGCGAGAAGGCAAUUGCCACCUGCAACAGACCUCUGGGGGCUGGAGAAGCCCUGCGCCGAGUCAUGGAGUGUCUGGCCUCGGGCAUUCUGCUACCAGGUGGUCCAGGUUUGCACGACCCAUGUGAGAAAGAGCCAACAAACACGCUCUCGAACAUGACUGACCAGCAGGCGGAGGAAAUCACCUACAGCGCACAGCACUCCCUCAGACUCAUGGCUUUUGGACAGAUGUACAAAGUGUUGGAGAUGGAUCCUCUUCCCUCAAAUAAACCCUCACAGAAGUACCCAUGGUCGGACAAAGAAGGUUUAGGUCUGAAGAGGCCAUAUGAGGAUGGAACGAUGGAUGACAAGGACCUCAUCAAAAAGAUGAAGAGGAAUCUGAGGAAAGUUCUGGACAGUAAAGCCAUAGACUCCAACCAGCCAAUGAACGCCCUGAUGCGAUUGAACCAGAUCCGGCCGGGGCUGCAGUACCGCCUGCUGUCCCAGUCGGGCCCGGUUCACGCGCCGGUCUUCACCAUGUCCGUGGAUCUGGAUGGAACCAUUUAUGAAGCAUCAGGAUCCUCAAAGAAGACCGCCAAGCUGCACGUCGCUGUCAAGGUUCUCCAGGCUAUGGGCUACCCAACAGGUUUUGACUCAGACCUCGACCCCAUGAGUUCAGACGAGAAGUCAGAUGGUGAGGGGAAGAGCGAGACAUCGUCACACCACAGCAAUAACCCAACACACUCCACGGACAGUUCUAACACACUGGAGGUGCGAACUCAGGGUCCCAUACUGACAGCGAGUGGGAAGAAUCCCGUCAUGGAGCUAAAUGAAAAGAGACGAGGCCUCAAAUACGAACUCAUCUCUGAAAGCGGAGGCAGUCACGACAAGCGCUUUGUGAUGGAGGUGGAGGUCGAUGGGCAGAAGUUCCGUGGGGCGGGCCCCAACAAAAAAGUAGCAAAGGCCAGCGCCGCUCUAGCAGCUCUAGAAAAACUCUUCUCUGGUCCGAAUGCAGCUGCAAACAAGAAGAAGAAGAUACUGCCUCAGACUAAAGGAGCUCUAGCGGCGGCUGCAGCAGCCUCAGCAGUAGCUGCUCAGGUAGCCAGAGGAAGAGGUAGAGCAGCCCUGGCACGAGGAGCCUUCGUCAGUGCAGCUGCUCCAGGAUACGUCACACCAGGCUUUGGGACAUAUGGCUACAGCCCCGCUGCAGCAGCUGCUCCUGCAUACGGCGGGCUUUUUAUUGACAAUCCCUUCUACCAGCCACGGACCAUAGCUCCGUUCAUCAUCCACCUGGGUCCACAGGAUCUCUUCUCUGACUUCUAGAAGCAGCAGGUCAUAGGAAACUUUCUCCACACUCAUCUAUGUGGGACGCAGGACACCUGAUUCCCUGUCUGUGUGAGCAGGCUGCCUUUCUAUCCAGGUGACAGACUCUGGGAUCCACAGCUGUUCACUGGAAAACCAGGCGGAAACUGUCUGACCUGCAGAGCCAGGAGCUCUCUUCUACUACUUUGUCUCGACUCUCGCAGAGAGUGACUUUACACGAAGCAAUACUCGGAUUUUACGAGAAACGUUCAGCUGCGAUUGCUGUGCGAGGCUGUUUUUUUCUUAUAGCAAUACACGUGAACUCCUCUCUUCGAGCUUACUUACUUGAGAAGAUGUGAAUGUCCGAUGGAGUUUUACCCCACACAGCAUUGCAAUAGCUCAUUCUGAUUGUAUAUUCUUUGUAUGUGAGUGUACGUGUGGCUAUAACAUGACUAUAUACACAUAUAUGUAUGGUGUAUGUUUCUAUAACGAUGUGUUGACAAUAAUAUUACUAUAUGAUGAUGUAUUUAUGUAAAUAUUCUAUAAAAUAUAACUAUUGUUGGUAUAAAUUAUUUUAGAAUUAUAAAGUGAAAUGUAACUGUUAUAUCACAGUAUAGCUUUCUUCCAAUUUUAUAUACACUGAGCAAUUGAAGCUAGUCCUAGGAGAUGCAAUAUUAUCUUUGGUAUUCUAUUAACCUGUGCUGUUAGAAUAAUAUGCUUCCUUCCUUCUUUCCUUUCCUCUCCUCUCUUUGAUGUCUCUCUGAGCCUUUCUGAGCACGCUCUCUGCUGCCCGAGGUUUGUUUACAUGGCCCGGACCAGAGGUGCUCUCUCUACUGAACACUCAUACUCUAAUCUUACACACUUUUCCUGUCAGAAAGCACAUUUUCUAUAGUCUCACUGCUGGCAGGGAAUACUGUUGUUACAAAUACAGUACUGUAAAUGUAUAAUAUGUGUAUACGCAAUCCUCCCUCCGCCAUCACCACACGAUACACUCAUUACUCAGAAAUACUCUCAACUCUGUCCCGUCUCCGUGGGGACCAAAAGCACAGCUCAUGAACACCCAUUUAUGUUUUCUGCAAAAAUACACACAUCCACACACACCCUUCCCUCCUGACUCCUAACACAAGUUUAUGGAUGUAAGAGACAGAGGAAGCACUUCUUAUGCGACACUGGUCAGGUCUGUUGACUGCAUAUUAAUAUAGACAGCAUGUCUCUCUCUCUUUGGGUUGAACAAAACUGAAGUUAGACCCAAACCUGCUCUGACAUGUUCUGCUGGUGAUGAAAUGUGCACAAGAGGGAGCUGGCUGGUGGAACUGAACGUCUUUCUGCUAUCAGAAGUGCACGCUAACUUUGUGAUAAAACAUCAGAAAUCCCACAGGUCGGUUCAGGUUCUUGUGUUGGAUUGAAGGAGACAGUCAUGUUUAAGUGAAGGUCAGAACUAGUGAUCUUCCUAGGCGUAUAAUUCUGUUGGUUGAUUUGCAGCAUGUGGCUAACAAUAUAUAUAUUCAGCCUGAACUGAAUAUCAUCACCCAAUGCUUCUGUUAAAUGUGAGUAUAAUCUGGCACGGCCUCUGGAUUACUUCAUUCCCAUUUCUAGAUCAAAAUCCUGCUGUUCCCAUAUGCUAUCGGUGCUAAAGCAGUUGUUAUUUCAGAUUAAAGAGCAUUGUGGCAGUGAGGUGGUCGUCGUUAUGAAAAACUACAGUGGCUGCUGGUGGCAGGAGGCUGCAUUUGACCAGGAUAGUGAGCCUAAAAGGAUAAAAUAUGAAAAAGUAGUUUAACUAACUAGUAAUUUUGGUUCUGACUACAAAGUGAUACAAAAUUAACCAUUUAGCCGGCUAUUUGUGCACAUACCUAGUGUAAUUAUUAUUAUUUUCGUGAUGUCAAAAGUCCCAACUCUUUAGGGAAAGAAAAUGUGCUGUACUUUUCAAUUUAACACUGAAUGGUGAUAGCAUCAUUUUGACACUUUUUAUUGCUUUAAAAUUGGUUAAAUCGCUGACAGAAGUAAAGGGUGACCAAUCACACUGAUUUAUUUUUAAAAAAAUUUAAAAGAUGAAAAAUGGAGAUACAAGGUUUUUGCCGGACACCAGUGGUGACACCAGUGGAAAUUGGCCUAGCAGUUAGGUUGUGCCUAAUGUUCAUGAAAGACUUGGGUUCAAAUCCAACCUGUGGCUACUCACCAACUCUAUCCACCAUCAUCCUCUUAAAUAAAGGCAUCAAAGACCAAAAAUUAAGAUUAAGAUAUAUAAUAACAACAAAGCUUCUUAGAAGGAUGAACAGUUCAACAUAAAUAAGCUAGAUUAUAGAUAACUAGGUUUUUCAAAAUUGAUGGUGAUUUAUUAAGGUCAAUAACUGGUGCAUUAAUUUCCUUAAUAGCAAUUAAUCUUAUGCAAUCCCUUUAAAUACAUUUUGUUUAAGCCACUGCAACAUCGACCUGCUGUGAUAGUGUUGUAAAAUAAUCCUCCAUCACUCCUUAAUGUAUCAUUUUACUGUAACAGAAACUCACAGACAGCUUCAAUCCACAGCAAUCCUUCUUCUGUGGUUAAGAUUAUGUCAUAAUCUUUGAUCUACCUGUAAAAGAAGGUCUUUAUCCAAACAGGAAGUCAAUUGUCCUUUAUGUCAAAAUGAAAUUAAAACAGUGGAAUUUCAAAAGGGAUGUGAUUAAUUGCAAUUAACUACAGAAAUUCUGAGAUUAAUCACAGUUAAGAAUUUCAGUUGUCGGACAGCCUUAAAAAUAAUCAUUAAAACAAAAUUCAAGUUGACAAAAUUUAUCAGCCAUGUAGUUAACCUUAUAGUUUGAUCAAUGCCCCAUCUGUUAACAUGGAGGAGGUGGGGCUUAUGAGGUACUAUAUAUUACAACCAGGAGAGCUCUAAGUAUUUUGGCUUCACUCCCAGACAGUUGUCCCUCUCUCCAUCUAAGCAUACAGUCUGUGGUUUAAGCAAAAGUUUUAAAAGUCAAACAUUGACUUGGGUGUAUGUACUCCUUUAUGUGGAUGAUGUCAUUAUUUCCAGUCACUUCAUGUUGAUUUAUAUUACUGGCAGGAUUUGAGGUAUUACUUUGAGGACAUUUCAGUGGUUGGUGAUGUCAAUUGAAGGGUUUUGUGGAGGAGUUUUGCAGCUUUGCUCAGUGUUACAUUUGCAGCAUUUGCUGAUUAAAAGACCAGGGAAAGGAGCGCUGAUGCAAUCCAUGUGCUGAAGCUGUGGUCUUCUAAUUGGGCAGCCUGUGGUUCUUUUCUUGUGUGUAAUUCCCCUCUCUCUCCUGAAAUUUCUGUCAUAUUCUCUGUCCUAUCAAUCCAAGGGCACAUAUCAUACCCUGAGCUUUUGAUAUAGUCCGGUCUAAACAUCUGUGCUGUUUGUUGGUCAAAAUAAGUCAUGGAUUCUCUCCUUUACUGUAUGUGCCAGAACAAGUAAAGCUGUGUGCUUCCAUGGCUGAAGGUUUGGGUUCAUGGGUGGAAACACCAGGUGAGAGGAAUGUGUCAUUAUAAUGACUUACAGUCAUGUUACACCAGGCACAGAUUCUGAACUUAACUUACAGCAAGUUUUAGCCAAGGAUAGGACGAUUAAAAGUGUUUGAUCAGAAAUGAUGGCAGUUAAAACAUUUGCUCUGUGCUCUGUAUUUCACGAUCAUCAGAUCUUGAUUCAUAAAUGUACUCGAAGUGGAAAAGUUGGACAGGUGCAUCAAAAGUUUGAGCCAUCAUGGCUGCUUGUUGUUGGAGGCAGAGACACCUGUCAGUCAAGCAAACACUCUGCAAAAGUUUUCUGGUAGGCUCUGUGGCAACUUUUCACUGAGAGGCAUGCCUAAGGAGGACAGAAUUAGGCUUUUAGAUCAGCUUACAUUGUUGAAAACAAAUCCUGAAUGUGUUUGGGUCUUUUUUGAAAAUGUGAAGCCUCUCUGCACUGGGCUUCCUGUCCCAAGUAAUCCUAAAAUGCGUGUUUACUGCAUAUGAAUAUUUGACCGUGUAAUGGUGAUCUUGUGGUUUGACUCGGAUAGCUCAUUGAAUCGUGGAGAGAAUAUAUUCUUGUGUUCUUUAUUCAGGUCUGGUGUUAUCUUCAAGGCUCUAGACUAGUUGCUGACAUAUUUUUCUCUCAUGUAAACGUCUGUGAUGCUUUCACGCCGUUCAUGAGUUGUUUUUUGUAUUCCUGGUCUUUGAUAGAGAUGAAAUGUCAGACAGCGGAGGCAGAAUCAAACAGAAUGCGCAUCAAAAGCCUUUGAUUCUCCUCACGCUCGCCUUGAUCUGGGCACCGGCUCCAUCUGACGUGUUUGUGCCAGCUUUGAUUUGACAAAAAAACGACGUCUGAGAAGGAGUCAGAAGACUCAUCAAGACCCCAAAGCUAAUUUUUUGGAAACAAUAAGUCAAAAAAGAGAUGAGAUUUGUGACGAUACUGAGCUGAAAUGUGAACAAAAUGAGCACUGAUUGUUGGAUUUUAGGUCAAAGAUGCUUGAUUUCUGGCUGUGCUUGACAUAGCAAUUCAAGUUUUGAUUAUUUUUAGCAUAAGAUUUUGCCAGUUACAUUCAGAAAUGGACUUUCUUGCAUAUCAACUCUUCUUUCAUGUCUAAAAAUAGUGUCCCCUGCUCUUUCAAGGGAAAAUUUGUCUAUAAAAUCUGUAACAUUUAGUCUCAAAUUCUGCAUGACUAGCAUUUAAAAACUUGUAACAGUACCUAAGCUGUCUCUUUAGUGUCCUUUAUCAAUAUUUCAUCGCUAAUCUUUGUUUACAUAUGACAACCAGAUCUGGCUGGUGUUUACAUCAGUAAAUAAAGUUCCAGGAUCAGAUUGUCUUACAUCCCUGGUACGCAGCAGCAUUAGGAUAUUAGUCUUGAGGAAACUAGAUCCUGCUUCCUAAUAAAGUCUAACACAGGUAUUUAUGACCGUAGAUCUCUGCAGUGUGUAUCUGUUGUGUGUUUUCAAGUCUACUUCAAAACUUUCUGCACGUCUAGCCACUUCUAAAAGUCUUGACAUUUUUGUCCCAACUCUUCAUCCUCCUGUGGAAUUCACAUGGAGGUGAAUAACUCUGGAGCUUGACCAUGUGGAAACAGAGCUUCUCUAUCAGGGAAGAAUUUCUCCUAAUUUCCCCUCUGCCCUCUGUCUCUACCUCUCUCUCCCUGCCUCCAGAUGGCCCACAUUAAUAAGGCAGACAGUCAUAGCUCGGUGAACUACCUUUUCAUUUCCCUCUCUGACUGCACAGACACGCAGGAGGAGUCGCCCCGGCUGCUGACCCUGUCCUUCUCUCGCUCUGUUGGCUCGGGGAUACACUGUUGGUCUAAAAUUGGCACAGACUGAUGGUGGAUCCAUCCACUGUAUACUAAUAUGGCGUGUCCGUCUCCUUCUAUUGUACUAAAGUGAAACCAAAAUUAUGCUGGUGGCUGGUGGCUAACUGAAGGUCAGUAUAGUUUAGCCUAUAGUCUCAGUUUGGGAACUUAUGAUGACUGUAUGGUUAAUUUUCAUUAGAUUUGACCCUCUAUACUCUGCUCAUUCUGUUAAGGACACUGCAAGAAGCCUCAUGCAUCAACAGAGCUGUCAAUCAUGAAAAUGCAUCUGCUCUUUUUGCAUCAAAAACAAUUUAAAACAGAAAUACUAAGAAAGCUGUUCAGUCUGACAAAAGUCUGUACAGUAACAGAUAGCCAUCUAGAUAGAAUCAAGGUUUGAAUAAAAGGGGGAGAGCUUAAUAUUUUGACUUCAUUUUUAGGCAGUUGUGGCUCUGCCCAUGUUAAUAUACAGUCUAUGGAUGGGUCUUUAAAAGAUCUUUGAUUUAGCCCUGCUUAUGUAGCAGUUAGAUUUUUUGAACUAGUUUAUCAGAAUCUGACAAACAGGUUUUUCUAUACAGAUUACUGAUCUUGCAAAGCUCCAGGCUGUAACACUUGUCCCCUGUCAAAGAUCUGACCAAUCGGUGACAUCUGAGGAGAAACAGGUGGUAGCCACAGGUGUUGCAGUGCAAGCCUGUAAUGUUUGUAGUUUUAUCAGAAGUGGACACCAUUUUUUUAUUUAAAGAAGAGCAAGAGUUUAAUUUACCAACUUGCUCCACUAACAGUGAACAGCUGCCUGUUGCUCUACUUUGUCAUGUGUUUUUUGCUCUGAUUGGACAAAAUGAAUGUGAUAUAACAUUUGUCUAAUCACCCCCCAAGUUUUUUUUUAAAGGUUCUUCUCUUUCCAAACACCAUCUAUGAGCUGACUCCCUGAUGGAUGUGAUAUAAAACGCACGCCAUGGACAUGUGAAACAGUCUAUCUGGCAUGUCAGGUUAUAAAUGUCGCAGAAUCAGCCUAAAUUCUGAUGUUGUAAGAUGCUUUAUGUAUCUGAAUUCCCCCUAUCUAGUAAGGAACGCUGCAGGAGAACAAGAACAUUAGGUUUUCUUGUUCUAGAACAAGAUGAUACAGAGAAAGUAUAAGAAACAUUCAAGAUAACUCCUUUAAACAUAUCUACAAGAAAAACCAUAUCGGUGGAAACAGACGACAGAAUCUGCCUCUUCCAGCUGUUCUUCCCAUUCUACUACAUCUCCAAGAAAAUGACAAUCCCAGCUGUAAUCCACUUUUAAAUGUCCCAGAAUGAGAACAUAAAUGUGACACACUUUUCCCUGAGUAAACCCUCUCACAGUACACUGCAAAAACUCAACUCUCCCGUUGUCUGAUUCUUAGUCAAAAACAUACUUACGGUUUUGUCGCAUUUAGCUGACAACCACAUCCUAUUUCUAGAUAUUUCAACUAAAACAUUAAAGUGAAAUUGUUCGUAACAAGUUAAAGGAAAUCAGAAAAUACAGUGAGUUGUAUUUGUCUUGAAUGAAAUGUCUACAUCUAAAUUUGUUAGUUUGACUUUUUACAAGCAAUUCAGGACUUAUUAAUGUACGGUUUUGUCUUUGAAUUAGAGGUUUAUCUGUACUUGUCUGUUAAAUGUGGCCAAUGUAAAGUAAGAAGAUACUUCAGACUAAAAAUUUAGAAUGAUACUCUUUGCAAAGUUUGAGUUUUGCACAGUGGUGUUUACUCGAGGAAUGCAAUGUUAAGUUUUUGAAGUAUAUGAACUUCACUUUUUUGAAGGGGUGCUUAUAACCUUUACCCCACUCCACUGGAAAGAAAAAUAUUAUAGUUUUGACCUCAAAACAUCUCUAAGAAUGUUAUCAUACCUGCUAUUUUGCUCUAAAGUCAACCGAUUCAUAUUUUUUUUCUUAAAUCUGAUCAGAAAGACAGUAAACUUUUGGUGUAGUUCUGUCUGUCAUUAGUGAUGCAAUACAUGUGUUUGGCAUGUUUCCUCAGCUGAACAUCAGUUUUCUGAGCAACAUAUUACAAAUGAAUUCAUCAGAGUACUCGGAUUGGUUUCUUGUAGUAACAAGUAAUGUAACACAUUGUUUUUUCAUUUCACAUAGUCCUUUUCAUAAAAGUAAUCUGUUACUAAAAAGUGUCCUAUUUCCCGUUCACUUUAGUGGCUAUAAAAAAGGAAGGUCUCUGAAGCACCUGCACAGCUUCUGUUUCUCUCCUACCUGUUGGCAUGUAACUGCUGCCUGCAGAAGGCAAACACAGUGGUGUUGUGUGCAAAGCUAACAUUUUAAGCUUGUGAGAUAGUAGAGAGGAGAGCAUUGCGAUGUGAACUUGUCCCCAUUUUGCUGAAUUAUUGAAUAGGCAAGUUAAACAGCAAAAUGUUAUUUUCAGUCAGCCGUGCAGAAUUACGCACAGCCUGCAUGUAACUGUGAUUCUCCAUCCGUGCACCAAUGGCCAAAUCUAAAGCUGUGUUGUUUUUGAAAUGAAGAAUGAUUCAUGCAUUGUGAAAAUACAAUAUUUUAAGCUUUUUACUAAGUAGUUUGAAUACAUAAGGAUUUCUAAAGGCAAGUGCUUCACUCCUUUAACUUAAGCAGUAACUGAUCCAGCAACUUUUACUUGUAUCAGUUAGAUUUGACCAGGAGGGUCCGAACUUUGAUUCAAUCUAUGAAGUUGUGUACUUUGACCAGCACUAGUUUUGCAGUGUAGCCAUAAUUUGAUGGCUUUGACAGAGACGUCCACCAAAGAAUCUGAUCCUGUGAUGGAUUUUCUUCUCCUGUCCCCUGAUACUGUUUCUAAAACAUCAGCAGCCAUUGUAUUCACAACACCCCCCUCCUCCCUGCACAAACAAUGCCUCUCUUUCUUCCUCUUCUUUGGGCGAUCAACACUUACACCUGUACAUCUAAGAAGCACAAUACACCCACACAUUGUUCUCAGGGCCACCUGACACACUCACAUGUAUGCAAAUAGACAAAUAUCACACAAAUAUGUAAUUAUUGAUGUAAAUAUUCCAGCAAGCACAGAGAGACAGCAUGAUAUUCUUUCACUCUGUGGUUUGUAUAUCACACCUAAGACCGUACUGUAUGGAGUAUAGAUGGUUCAGACUUGUUUGAACUUCAGGAAUUGAGCCAUUAAGAAAAAAGGAAAAUCCCCCAUCCCUAUAAUUUUGCUUUCUUGGUGCUUUAAAACAAGCUGUCUGUAGCAGUGUAAAUAAUGGAGCUAGCUUUUGGAGAAAAAUCUGUGGAGCUUUGCCAUCAGGAGAAACGAGGGACGAGUUCUGUCAUCAAUAAGACUUUUCUGGCUCUGAAUGCAGGAGCUUUGCAUGUUUCAGAUGCUGCAAUAUGUUCAGUAAUUAGUGUGAUGAACGUUGUCAUUGCCAGGUAAAGUUGAUGAUUUGGGUACAGUUUCCCCAUAAGGCACCUGUUCAUUCUCCUGCCAGGUCACACAAGUCAAAAAAAAGGAAGUGAUUGUUGCAGAGAUGCUUUUUAGGAUUGUGAUUUGCUUUGUGCGAUGGAUUUAUCCUGACACCAAAGACUCUGAGGCCUUUGUUGCACAAAUCUGAUGAUCCCUGCGGUCUCAGAAGGGAGAAACAGUGCUGCAUGUGAUCUGACAUUCAACAUAGGUAGAAAAACAGCAUAAAUCCAGCCUAGCUAUGGAGGAAAACUGGCUUCUCAUUCCUGCUCUAGCACACAAAGCCUGGUAGGGACUAUAUUUAUGUGGAUGCAGAGGGAGACGAGUCGUAGAAUAAGCCUGAAAGUCCAUCUGUGAGUCGCUCUGAGCGCUGCGGAGCUGCAGAAAUAGAUCCCGGAUCACAUUUCAACUGCUGAGGCAAAGUUAACCCGACUAACUGCUUAACAGAUCAUUUUCUCCAGGGUGUGUGUGCAUGUGCGUUUUGGAAAUGUGUGUAUUCCUCUGGCAAGCACAUCAACAGGAGGGAAUGGGUGGCAAACACAUCUACACAUUACUGCAGCCACACAGCAUGUUAUUGCAUAUUUUCCAGUCAUGAUCCACUGAUUGUUGAAGUCCAAUAUCCUCCUGAUAAACGAUCAAAGCUUUUUGGUUGGGAAUGUACACUGUUGUUCUAGUGAUUGUAGAGUAGAAUGUAUUUACUCAUAGAGAGAGUAAACUUGCUUUUUUGUAGAGAAGCAUAUAUACAGAAUAUAUAUGGAAGCAUACAUAUAUAUACAUCUAUAUAUCUUUUGAGCUACUUGUGUGUGAGAGUUGUUUUCGGGCGCAUCCAUCAUUUAAGAAAACCUACUGUAUGUUUUAUUUCCCCUUUAUCAGUUUUUUGUUUCUUUUUCGACAAACGUAGCGUCUUACGAGUGGCAAGUGUUUACGUUUUCCUGUAAAUAUGAUUUUUUUAUUUCAUUUUUUGACAAUAAGGGGAUAAAAAGAUGCUGUUUUAUGAUGCCGCCUAUGAAUCUAUAAAGUGAUAUCUGUCCACAGAAUCUGUUUAAAAACCAUCAAAAUGAUCAAAGAUUAAUGAAAUGUAUUGAUGGGUUAUUCAGGGUGGGAUGAUGAUGAUGAUGAUGAUGAAUGAAGGAGGUGGUUUGGAGUCGCUGU